AUGGAGAAGCUCAUACAGAAGGAGAAGCUGAAGUCGAAAGCUGUUGUGAGCAAUUCGAGGGUAGGGAAUAGCACUCUGCUUGAUUCUGAUGUUGAUACCCUCAAGUACUACCCGACCGCGCAGGACAACAGAGACGUUUAUGACGAUCUGACGUCAGAAAUAUCAUCACUCCUGGGUGGUGAUGUUGCACAUUCUACGGUGCUCAGUGCCACUGACUUGGUGCUGGAGAUUUUGAAAGACGACAAUGACACUGAUAGAGCUAAGCAAAAGAGCAUCAAUGGCACACUCAACAUCACCUUGACCGAUGACCAGUACUCCCGGCUGAAGAAACUCUCCGAUAAGAUCACCGACUAUGGUUCACAGGAGGGUGAUGUAGAUGAAGGUGUUGCUGUGAAUAUUGAUGAUGAAGACGAUGAGACAGACGCGCAAAGUACAAGCGAAAGUGACAGUGAUGAUGACUUUGCGGGACCUCAAUUAGAUGACUUUGUACAGGAUCCCACUGACGAACAAUCUUCUGAUGAUGUGAUUAAGACAAAUGCUGCUGAUACUACAGACGUACCUGUAUUAUCCAUCAAGGAUGUCGAUGCAUCUCUGUUGAAGAGAAAGAUAUCCGAAUGGCAACCAACUCUUGACCCUAUGGCGCUUCAAGAGAAGUCCGCACAGAUAUUCGAACUCUUGGACAGUAACUUGCAGGCGUACAAGGUUGAACAAAAACUCGUCUCACUUAUAGAUGAACCAAAUUUGUUGCAGUAUCUCAUUACCAACAGAAUGGUUAUUGUCUGGGGAACAAAACUCUCUAGAGCUAAUGAAAAUGAAAGGGAAAUUAUAUAUUCCCAAAUGAGUCGUGAUGGACUGAAACAUUUACUAGAAGACGAAGAAGUCGGCAAUGGCGGCGAAGAACAACAACGUAAGAAAAGAAAAGUGGAUUUAAUCACACCUGUUGAACAAGUUAGAAAGCCAAAGAUUGUUAAUUUGGAUGAUCUCAAAUUCGACCAAGGCUCUCAUCUCAUGACUAUGACCAAGGUGAACCUUCCACAAAAUUCUUUCAAGCGUGUUAAACCUAAGUAUGAGGAAAUACAUAUUCCAGCACCGGCUCCACCAAAAGAAAAGGCACACCUUGUACCAAUAUCAAGUCUUCCAGAAUGGGCAAGAGAAGCUUUUCCAUCGGGAGAAACCUCAACUCUCAACAGAAUUCAAUCUGAAGUGUACCCUACUGCAUUUGAAGAUGAUCAAAAUAUCCUGCUCUGUGCACCAACAGGUGCCGGUAAGACUAAUGUUGCUAUGCUUACUAUCUUACGUACAUUACAGAAUUUCAGACGUAACAAUGGAUCAUUUGACUUGAACAAUUUCAAAAUUGUCUAUAUUGCACCACUGAAGGCAUUGGUCCAAGAACAAGUUCGUGAAUUCUCCAGAAGAUUGGAACAGUUUGGAGUAACUGUGAACGAGUUGACAGGUGACCACAACUUAACAAAGCAACAAAUCAGCGAAACCCAAAUCUUGGUUACAACCCCAGAAAAAUGGGAUGUCAUCACAAGAAAGAACUCUGAUACAAGCUACACCAAUUUAGUCUCAUUGUUAAUCAUUGAUGAAAUUCAUCUCUUGCACGACGAAAGAGGUCCAGUGUUGGAGAGUAUUGUUGCUAGAACAAUAAGAAACCAGGAACACAGCUCAAGAAAUGUCAGACUUGUGGGUCUUUCAGCCACUCUUCCCAACUAUAAAGACGUUGCCAGAUUUUUGAGGGUUGAUGACAAAAAGGGAUUGUUCUUCUUCGAUGCUUCAUAUAGACCAUGCCCACUUGCUCAGCAAUUCAUCGGUAUCACCGAGAAGAAUUCGUUCAAGAAAACUGUUGCGAUGAAUGAAGCUUGUUACGAUAAGAUCUUGGAAGCAGCCGGAAAGUAUCAGGUUAUUAUAUUUGUUCAUUCACGUAAGGAUACUUUUAGAACUGCUAAAUGGUUGAGAGACAAACUUCUUGAAGAAGAUAAACUUCAUCUGUUUUUGAAGUCUGACUCUGCAAGUGUCGAGAUCUUGAAACAAGAGUCUGAAAAGAUCAAAGAUCAGGGCUUGAAAGAUUUGUUACCCACUGGAUUUGCAAUCCAUCAUGCAGGUUUAUCCCGUGAUGAUAGAUCGGCUGCUGAAGAUCUUUUUGCAGAGGGUUACUCUCAAAUAUUGGUCUCUACUGCGACCUUGGCUUGGGGUGUUAAUUUACCCGCACAUACGGUCAUUAUCAAGGGAACAGAGAUUUAUGCUCCAGAAAAGGGUGAUUGGACUCAACUUUCUCCUCAGGAUAUUUUACAGAUGCUAGGUAGAGCCGGUAGACCACGUUAUGAUGAAAGUGGUGAAGGUAUUAUCAUCACAUCCCAAUCUGAAAUCCAAUACUAUUUGGCUGUUUUGAAUCAACAGUUACCAAUUGAGUCACAACUUAUGAGCAAACUUGCAGAUAACCUCAACGCUGAAAUUGUUUUGGGAACUGUGUCAUCCUUACAAGAUGGUGUUGAUUGGUUAGGGUACUCGUAUCUCUAUGUAAGAAUGCUCUCGUCACCUGCUGUGUAUAGAGUGGGUGCUGACUAUGAAGGUGAUCAUCUUCUUGAAUGGAAAAGAACGGACUUGAUCUACUCUGCUCUUGAAAUCUUAAACCAAAAUGGACUCGUUGUUUAUGAUGAGACCUCUGGCAAAGUUACAUCCACCGAAUUGGGUAGAAUUGCAUCUCAUUUCUAUAUCAGCUAUGAUUCGAUGUCGUUCUAUAACAAACAAUUGAAAUCAUACUCAACUAUCAUCGACGUUUUUCGAAUUUUUUCGUCUUCUUCUGAGUUUAAGCUCAUUCCUAUCAGACAAGAGGAGAAGUCAGAAAUUACCAAACUUGUUGAGAGAGCACCUAUCCCCAUCAAGGAAGAUAUUCAUGAUCCUAGAACAAAGGCUAAUGUAUUGUUGCAAUCUUAUAUCGCUAGGUUAUCUCUCGAAGGAUUUGCUUUGAACGCUGAUAUGGUAUACAUUACACAAUCUGCAGGACGUCUUUUGAGAGCUAUUUAUGAAAUUGCUUUGCAUAAAAAGUGGUCCGGACUGACCACCAUUGCUCUUGAUCUUUGUAAAAUGGUUGAGAAACGACUGUGGUUAUCAAAUACGCCAUUUAGACAAUUCCCAGAUUGUCCAAAGAAGAUCAUUAAAAACACCGAAAGCUCAAACUUACCUUGGUCAGAGUACUUCAACCUCACUGAUCCAAGUGAAAUGGCACAGGCCAUUCGUGAUGAGGGGCUUGCAAGGAAUGCACUUGAUAUGAUUCGUAAAUUUCCUAAGGUACAAUUGAAGUGCUCCAUUCAGACAAUCACACCAAGUUUGUUGAGGGUGGAACUUGAUAUCCUACCAGAAUGGACAUGGGAUGUAAGACUUCACCAUGGUUCAGAACAGUUUCUUCUGUUAGUGGAAGAUACAAACGGUGAAAAGAUCUUGUUCAGUGAUACUUUUCUUGUCAAGAGAAGCUAUAUCAACAGAGAGCAUCUACUUGAUUUCACCAUUCCAAUUUCCACUCCAGUUCCACCAAAUUACUUUGUGACAUUGAUCUCUGAAAGAUGGUUACAUUGCGAAUACAAAGUUCCAAUAAUGUUGAAUACGAUAAAACUUCCAAGGAAGUUUCCUGCGCCAACUGCUCUUCUUGAUCUUUCACCGGUUCCUGUCUCUGCCCUAAAUAUCCCCGAAUUUAUUGGUUGUUUCGAGUUUCCAUAUUUCAACAAAUUCCAGUCACAAGCCUUCAACACCAUAUACAGCUCGAAUGAUCCCGUGUUUUUUGGUGCUGUCAAGGGUUCUGGAAAGACUGUGAUUGCAGAAUUGGCGCUUUUGAAUCACUGGAAACAAAAUAAAGGCCGUGCUGUGUACAUUGUUCCAUCUCAAGAGAAGAUUGAUAUGCUUCUUAAACAGUGGACUUCACGCUUCUCAGCGAUAUCUGGUGGUAAAGUCAUUACUAAACUGGGUAAUGAGCUUACCUCCAACUUGAAGCUUCUUGCUUCGAGUCACUUGAUCUUAGCAACACCUCAGCAGUUCGACGUUAUAUCGCGUCGUUGGAAACAGAGAAGAAAUAUUCAAACAAUCGAGUUGCUUAUUACAGAUGACGUGCAAUGUGUUGGAAACGGUGCAGAAGGUUGUGUCUAUGAAAACAUCAUUUCUAGAAUGAGAUUUAUUUCAACUCAGCUUGAAAAGGAGCUCAGAAUAGUUGCACUUGGUACAUCUUUGGCUAAUGGUCGCGAGUUUGGUGAAUGGAUUGGUGCUCAAAAGGAUGCAAUCUACAACUUCUCUUCACAAGAGAGAAGUCAUCCACUUGAGAUCCAUUUGCAAUCAUUCGAGAUUCAUCACAAUCCGUCUAUGGUUCUCGCUAUGAUAAACCCAACAUAUCAAGCGGUGAAGCAAAUGGUGGGUAAAUCUUCAUUGAUCUUCGUUCCAACACGUAAACAAUGUGUUGACAUUGCUUAUGAAUUCUCUAGAUUAGCAGAGAAAGAUGAGGUACGUUUUCUAAACGCUGAAUUGGGUGACAUCCAAACCCUUUUAAGGAAGAUCACAGAUGAAACUCUCAAGAAUCUGCUGGAAAUCGGUAUUGGUCUGUAUUAUAAAGACAUGACUCCAUCAGACCGCAAAAUCGUUGAAACGCUUCAUAGAGGAAAUGCACUAGGUGUCUUGUUUGCCACUAGAGAGACGGCAACUUUCGCUCCAGCUGCAAACUUUGUUGCUGUUUUAAGUACCCAGUUCUAUGAAGGUAAGGAACAUCGCUACAUCGAUUAUCCAAUCAAUGAAAUUUUGGAGAUGAUUGGCUGUUCAAAAGAUGAGAGUAUAGAUAAAGACAACGUUCUGAUUUUGACUAAUGAUGCAAAGAGGGGCUACUACAGAAAGUUCUUGAAUGAAUCGUUACCUGUGGAGAGUUUCUUGAAUGUUUUUCUUCACGACGCAUUCGUCAAUGAAAUCAGUACAGGAUUGAUCAAGUCGAGACAAGAUUGUAUUGAUUGGUUGACAUACUCAUACCUCUAUCGAAGACUUCAAGCAAAUCCAAGUUUCUAUGGUGUAAAGGAUAUCUCACAAAUUGGUCUCUCCACAUUUUUGACUGAAUUAGUGGAAGAGACAUUAAACGAACUUUCCGAGGCUAAACUGAUCGAGUUGGAAGAUCAAAAUGAAGAAGAGGAAGAAGAGGAAGAAGAGGAAGAGAUUACACCUUUAGACGGUGCUCUUGUCGCUGCAUAUUAUAAUAUUUCCUUUGUCACCAUGCAAACGUUUAUUCUGUCCUUGACCAAGAAAUCUAAACUGAAAUCCAUUUUGGAGAUUAUCACAUCAGCGUCGGAGUUUGACUUACUUCCUAUUAGAAAACAUGAAUCUUCUCUUUUGCAAAAGAUAUAUGACAAAAUUCCUAUCAAGUUCUCCCAAGAUCUUUCUUUUGAGUCACCUUAUUUGAAGGCAUUUAUUCUUUUACAGGCCCACUUCUCCAGAUUCAUGCUUCCACCCGAUCUGGUUACUGAUCAAAAAUUUGUUCUGGAGAAAGUCAUAACACUUCUCUAUACUGCUGUGGAUCUGUUAUCGAGUGAAGGUUAUCUCAAUGCCACAUAUGCUAUGGACCUAUGCCAAAUGGUUGUGCAAGCUGUUUGGGAUACUGACAGCCCCCUCAAACAGAUACCAUUUGUUGACGAGGCAGUUAUCGAUCGUGCUUCGAAAUACGAUGUCUCGUCUGUAUUUGAUAUCAUGUCCAUUGAAGAUGCUGAAAGAGAUGAUAUUCUAAGACUCAGUGGCCCACAUCUCAACAAGGUUGCUGAUUUUGUGAACAAGUACCCUAACGUUGAGAUAUCGUGCUCUGAAAUUGAAGGACCUAUUGUUUCUAAUGAGCCAAAACAGGUUGUUAUCAAUGUCUCAAGAGAUGAAGAGCCGGAGGAUCUGGAGGUGCUCUCACCAUUUUACCCAUUCCGUAAAACUGAAAACUGGUGGCUCGUUAUUGGUGAUUCCAAAACAAAGGAGCUGUAUGCCAUUAACAAAGUCACAAUUGAUAAGGCAGAGAUGCAAGUGAAGAUGGCUCUGACGAUGCCUCGUGCUGGACACCACAGUCUAUCUGUAUGGUGUGUUUGUGACUCGUAUGUGAAUACCGAUAAAGAAAUAUCUCUCGAGAUUGACGUUGAGCAAGGCGAAGAAAGCGAUGAAGAGGAUAGUGAGUAA